GGCCGUUAACUUGAAUGACCAUACUCCAAGUACUAAGAUCCUUCACGGCUAAUUAUGAGGAAAGGGAGGCUAGAUGAAGUCCAUUGCAUCAAAGUUAUGUCUUCAAUGUGUAAAAAUAAAUCUCUUCUUCUCAUAUGAGAAAAAGAAGGAGGAAGUAUGACAGCCAUCUAGAUGCUUCACAGGUCCUCGAAGCCAGCGACGGUACGGUCGAAGAUGACGUUCGUCCGGGAUUUUGGGGCGCUAUGUAGCAUUUUUCAUUGCUACUACGUAGUCGGCCGACGAUCUGGUCACUCAAAAGUUCCUGGAGACUAUCACACCACCGACCAAAGCGGAAGGAUGCUAGGAGCUCUGGCUCGUGACGUCAUCUUCACCCACUUCGCGUGUUCUGGGGUCGGUUAUUUGACUAUAUUUGAAGCCUUAGCCACCCAUCUAGCCAUUCAUGGAUACGCCUGCGCAUAUAAUGUAGCCCCUUCCUGCGAGUUGGCCUAUAGAAGGAAACGCACCCUAGGUAUUCAAUCCUUCAUAACUUCAUUUCAAGAAUGCUUCCGCCCCUAAUUGACAUCAGUAGAGCAUAUACCUAGGUAGGUAGUUAAUUUCACCGUCGUCUGAUUGGCAUCAUAGCUAUCGCAAAUCUCUUCGAACCCAUAGGGCCUAUUGAAGCUCGAACGGAAAUGGCAUCCUCUGUCUCUUUGUCCCAGGGCUCUCUGGCGGCAACAAUAUUGGUGUCUACCAUGGCAAGUUGUGCCGGCCUCACGCCUCCUAACACCAGCACGAAACCCACGCCCUCGACAGGCGACAUGAUGCGCGUGCUGAACUUGACCAACAAACGCACCGUAAUGCUCGGAAUGGUUCCCAUGGGCUUCCUGGCGUUGCAAACCUCUUCAUUGGCACUUUUCUACCCGAGUAUCCCAUCAACCGUCCUCCGCUAUGGCGCGGUGAAUGGUCUAAACCCACAGCUUGUAACUUGGUCUGCAGCAACGUCUAUCCCUUUGGCUCUGAUCCUAUGUGCCGGUGUUCCGCUCCGUUUGGGGGCGUAUUCGUCGCUGGGUAAAAACUUCACGUUCGAGCUAGCGGAGCCUGAUGGGCUUAAGACUGACGGCAUCUACCGUUAUGUGCAGCAUCCCAGCUACACUGGCAUGCUGAUCAUCAUCGCGUCCAAUGCGUGCCUUUUGGCUAGGAUGGAUGGAGCGCUUAGCUGUUGGAUUCCGCCUGAAUGGUAUGGGCCUUUGCGAACUAUCGGGUGGGCAUUUGUUCUUCCUACUUGGCUGUCGUUAUCCGUGUUCGGGUUGUGGACGCGGGUGAAGCAGGAGGAGAGUAUGCUCCGAGGUAAAUUCGGCGAGAAGUGGGAAAGGUGGCAUGCCAAAACAGCACGGUUUAUACCGGGAAUUUUCUGAUGGGAGAGGAGCGUCUCGUUUGAUAUACGAUAAUAAGCGGCGUUUCCUCGUUGUGAUACUAAGAGGAAAUACAAAUUCUCGUUGUCGAAAAUAGUGACAGGAUGUCAAUAUUCUGUAUAGAAAAGGAGUAAGGUGAGUUUCGGUGAAGAUUUAUGAGGAAGCUUUUCAGUGUAUACAGUGUAUCGCACGAGCCGUACGGUAUUGGACGAGGGAAUAGGGAUGUCGGAUGGGGAGAAAUAGGGGGACGGAGAGCAGCAGGAGCUAGAUGUGAAGAUACCCCAAUACCCCUCACAGUAUUAGUCGCACUAGCCUCGUCCCACCAAUACUGGGUACCGCCUACUACAGCAGGUACCACUUACGUCUAUGUACCUAAGGUGGGUAACCUAAAUAGCACAUACAUUGGAUUUUCACCUUCACCUUUAGAA